AUGAAUACACUUAAAGUUCUUUUGCGAUCUCGAAGUAAUAAUAACCUUAUAUUUCGUACGGCGACUACAAAAAAGAAAAUUCAUGAUCCUAAAGAAGAGGAACUACUACCAAUUUUUCAGUACCCAGUAAGUAAAAGUUCGGAUAGACGUGUGUAUGUGUGGGGACUAGCAGAGACUGGACUGGAGCUCUUAUUAAAGGGCUUACACACCCACAAAAAAAAGAGUUUUUUUUUUCAGGUUACACAAAUUGCAUGUGGCUAUGGAUUUACAGUUGCAGCCAUUAAAACAAAUGAACAACACAAGGUUUUUGGCACUGGUAUAAAUACAGAUUCCCAGAUAGGCUAUCAUGCUCCUCGAAUUGGUCAUCCUUUAGAAAUGCUUCUUAGUCCUGCACCUAUUUAUGUACCAUAUAAAUCACUGGAAAAUAAGGUUAUUGGGGUAGCUGCUGGACGGGCACAUACUCUUAUACUGACAGACAAUGAAGGUGUUUACUCACUUGGUAAUAAUGCAUAUGGCCAGUGUGGUAGAAAAAUAAAUAAUGCAGAGGAAUACCGGGGGAGUAUGCAUUCCCACCAUAUAAGCAAACUCGGGAAAGAACAAGUUAUUGAUAUAUGUGCAGGACAAGACCAUAGUCUUUUUGUGACAGAAUCAGGCAAAGUAUACUCCUGUGGGUGGGGUGCAGAUGGGCAGACCGGUCUGGGUAAUUUCGACAAUCAAGGUCCACCAGCUGCUGUAAAAGGUGACAUAACAAGUGAGAAAAUUAUCAAAGUUGCAUCUACAGUUGACUGUGUACUUGCUUUAAAUGAUAAAGGUGAAAUCUUUGGCUGGGGGAACUCCGAAUAUGGACAAAUUCCAAUGUCAUCAAAACAACAGCAAGUAAACAUGUCAUAUGCUUUGGUCAAUUUCACAAAAGGCCUGGGAAAAAUUGUUGAUAUUGCAGCUGGAGGUUCCUUCUGUCUUAUUUGUAAUGAUCAAGGCGACGUUUUUGUAUGGGGUUUUGGUUUACUAGGACUUGGCCCAAAUGUCCACCACACAGCCAAUCCCAAACAAAUACCACCUACCUUAUUUGGGAGAAAUGAGUUUAAUUCUGAAUGUAUGGUACAAAAGGUAUCAUGUGGCAUUGGUCAUUUAGCAGCAAUAACAAAUAAUGGGGAUUUGUAUACAUGGGGUCGAAAUAGACAUGGUUGUCUCGGUUUAGGUCAUGAUAAGGACCAGCAUUUUCCAUUAAAAGUCAGUAUAGGGGCUCAUGUUUUGAAUGUAAGCUGUAGUGUAGAUCAUACUGUUGCCAUUUGCAAGCCUUUUAUGUAG